AUGACCGGCGGUGUACGUACACCGGACAGCAGAAACUCCGCUUCCUCCCGCUUGGUGCUGCACCUCUUCGUUCCCCCCUUACAAAUCCUCAGCAGCAGCUUGCUGCUGCUGCAGCAGCCAGAAGCAGCAGCAGCAACAACGAGCGGGGACACCGGGGCCCCGCUGCGGAGACCCAGAAAGACCUCUCCCUCUAGGACGAGCAGCAGCAGCAGCUGCAGCAGCAGCAGCAACAGCAACAGCAGGAGCAGCAAGAAGCGGGUCCGGUUGCAACUGCUGUGCGGCGUAAGGGGGCAUCUGCUGCAGGCAAAAUCCACGCCAGCAGCAGCAGCAGCAGCAGCAACAGCAUCAGCAGCAGCAACAGCAUCAGCAGCAGCAUCAGCAGCAGAACCAGCUGCAGCUGCUGCUGCACAUAUCCCUGGAAAUGGAGCCACCACCAGUAGCAGCAGCAACAGCAGCAGCAGCAGCAGCAACAGCAGCAGCAGCAACAAGUCAAGCCUUUGCGCUGGUAUAAGAGCAGCGGCAGAGGGGGCCCUCAGCCUGAGUCUUCCUGGCUGUACAUUGUUUAAUAACAGUUUAUGCGGCAGCAGCGAGAAGCAAAGAGAUGUAUUUAAUUGCUGCAGUUUAAUUUUAGCUGUACCUGAAUGCGCUGCCUUGAGGUUCUUGCUGCUGCUGCAGCUCUUCUGCUGCAACCUCCUAGAUGACCUUGCUGCAGUCUGGCUCCUGCCCACGCUGCUAGAGCAGCAGCAGCAGCAGCAGCAGCAGCAGCAGCAGCAGCAGCAGCAGCAGAGGGUAAGGGGAGGUGCUCUGCAUGCGGUGUUGUGCAAAUGGAAGACGCAGACAGCCGCCGCUGAAUUUGUUAAACAAAUUUCGGGUGUGGGGCCCCACACCCUCGUCCCAGCAGCAGCAGCAGCAGCAGCAGCAGGAGGCCGUCACCAGCAGCAGCAGCAGCAGCAGCAGCAGCAGCAGCUGGAGUUGUGGAGAGUUUUAGGGUUUCGAUGCGGCCAGUGGGAGGCGUGGGGCCUCUCAGCUGUGGUGCUGUCAUCAGUCUCCCUGUUUGCUGCAGCAGCAGCAACAGCAACAGCAGCAGCAACAGCAGCAGCAGCAGCAGCAAACGAGGAGACAGGGUCUGGUGUGUCUUCUGCUGCUGUAAACGACAGCCAAGAAUACCGCAGGGAGUGGCAGCUGCGAAACCUUCUCCAGCAGCGGCAGCAGCAGCAGCAACAGCAACAGCAGCAGCAGCAGCAGCGGCUUCGGAACGAGCAGCAGCAGUCAGAGAAGGCUUUUGGAGGAGCAGCACAAGCAGCAGCAGCAGCAGCAGGAGCAGCAGCAGCAAACAACCAGGCCCUCACUUGCUGCGGAAGCAUGGGCCUGCGCUGCAGCAGCAGCAGCAGCAGCAGCAAAAGCAGCAGCACCAGGAGGCGGUGCAGCAGCAGCGAAAGGCUAAGAAGCAAAGGCUGCAGCAGCUCUGUAAGACGCAGCAGCAGCACACCACCCUCCACCAUUAGCAGCAGCAGCAGCAUCAGCAGCCACAGCGGCAGCGCCUGGAGUUGCUGCUGCUGCAGGUUUUUAGAGAGCAGCGGCAGCAGCAGCAGCAAAGGCAGGUCACAGCAGCAACAGCAGCAGCAGCAGCAACAGCAACAGCAGCAGCAGCAGCAGCAACAGCUGCAGCAAUUUUCGAUGUUUUGCAUGCGGCGAUGCGACCUCUCUUUGGCUUUGUCUGGUUUGCGCUUACUGCGUUUGUCUUCGUCUCUUGUCUGGGAUUACACUGCAGACAAAUUUGUACAGGCAGUCUCGCCUCCUGCUUCUUUUCGUCAACCCCACAGCGCUGCUACCAAUUGUGCUGCUGCUGCUGCUGCUGCUGCAGCUGCAGGAGCAGCAGCAGUAGGAGUGGGGGCUGCAGCGGGUGGAGGAGCAGCAGAUGCAGCAAAAGCGGAUGCAGCAGCUGCUGCUGAGGCAACACAAACACCUUUAUCAGCAGCAACAGCAACAGCAGCAACAGCAGCAGCAGCAGCAGCAGGGAAGAACGUACAUCAGGAUAACAAGCUGCAGACAGACAGCACAAGAAUCAAAGAUAAAACAAACAGCAGCAACAAUAAUACUGCAUUACAAACAGGGGGCCCCCCUGUGAGGCACAGCUCGAUAGGUAUAUCAACAAAACAAAGAAAAUCUCGUCGACAGAAAACUGCUUCCUCUCGCAGCAGUGCUGCUGCUGCUGCUGCUGCUGCUGAACUGUCGCCUUCUGCUUCUGCUGCUCUUGCUGCUGCUGCUGCUAGUUGUCAGCAUCAGCAGCAGCAAGGUGCUGAAGCGGAAGGAGCUCCUCCAUCAGGGGUGCAGGACAAGCAACAAAAAGCUGCAGCAGCAAACGAAACCCCGUUGCAGCAGCAGCAGCAGCAGCAGCAACAGCAGCAACAGGAGGAGGAGGAAGAGAGUAGCGUGAGUUACGACGAGGAAGAAGAAGAAGUUGCUGCUUCUGCUGCUGCAGCAGCAGCAGCAGCAGCGGAGGCAACAGCUGCAGCAGCAGCAGCAACAGCAGCAGCAUGCAGCAGCUCUGUCUCCUCCUCUGUGUCUGUCAGCAGCAGUUUGAUGUCUCCUGCAGCAACAGCAGAAGAAGAUCAAGAGAGACAGCUAAGCCAGAUCCUCGCCUCUCAGCUUGAAUAUCAAAGAGAGAUAUACGAG